GCUCUAUUUAAAUGCCAAUAAAUAAACUCAUGACUACUAACAUUGAAAAAGGGCGGAUUGAAGGUUGCACGAUUCAGAAAUUAAAAUUGAAAUCUACCGCCAUCGGUGCGACAAUCAAUAAAGUACUCGCCAUUCAAGGGAAUGCGUCAGCUCACUAACAGUGCAUUGAACAGCGUCGGCGUCGCACAAACGCGCGUGUUAUACACGAUGCUGCGGUGACAAAUAACACAUGGCUUUUUAAAUUUUAUUACCUACAGCAAUGCAUAACAGUGAAAAUGGUGCUUCUGCUGUACGGCAUCGAUCUCCAGAGGUACAAUCUCCAGAAAACAAGGAACAUUUCUUGGUCGCGGAAAAGAAUGAAGAUCUUCUGCAAUGGAAGGAUAUGCCUAAGCACCUACAGUUCAAUCCCUACAUAUUUACGGGAUAUCGGCCUCUUUUGUCCGUCUGGGGAUGUUUAAACAGCCUAUUUUAUCUACAUAACGAAACUAUCAAUAUUUUUACUCACGGUAUACCAAUUGUUUACAUUUUAUUAACAAUUCCCGAUAUGAGACGAUGGACACAACCAGAUUUGCGCUUCCUAACUUGGUGUCACGUUGUCGGAAGUAUAAGUCCUUGGGUGGGAAGUUUUGUAUACCAUCUAUUUAUGAACUUGGAACGAGGAGAAAAGAUUUACUACAGACUACUUCAAUUGGAUAUGUUGGGCAUUUGGAUAUGUCAAAGUUUUGGAGCAAUGCCAAUGGUUAUGGCCACAACAUACUGUCUUCCGCGAUUAUUGAGAUGGUUCAGUGUAUCAUCAUACUGCCUUUUUAGCCUGUGGGGCUUAUAUAAAGCAAUGAUCGCCAUAUCACCAUGGGAAAGACGUUUAUGUUUUCUGCUUCCGUUUUGCAUGCGAAUCGUACUGUGCAUGUUCCGCUUUUACAAUUUUGGCGGAGGAGAUCCGGCAGCGCGCACCCAUCUCGUUUUACAGGAUCUAAUUUCCCUCGUAGGAGCAGCAAUCGGUGCAAUGCAUAUUCCCGAAAGAUGGUUCCCAGGUUGUGUGGAUAUGUAUUUGAACUCUCAUAAUAUUAUGCACAUUCUUGUCGUCACCGCGGUAUAUUCCAUGCAUGUGGCAACAAUGAGAGAUCUGGCAUGGAUGGACCAAGUAAAAUGCAAGACUAUGCUUUGAUUUAGUUACUCUAGUUUUUAAUCCGAAAACGUUUGCCUAAUCUUGUUGAAUAAUUGACUCUCGUAUUUUUAGACUUCCAUUAUAACAGUAGAAGUUUAGGAAAUUAAAUGCGAUAUUACCUAACAAUCUCUUCCACAAAUUACGCACACACGUACAUGCUAUAAAUAUAGUCACUCAAUUUUUAGCGCGGGAAGAGAAAUUUUACGUGAUUUUUGUGCUCCAUAUACUCACUAUUUCAAAACAGUUAGGAGUGUGUAAACACAAUACUGUUAAUUAAAAAAAAAUCCUCUCCGCCUAUUUGAAUAUAUGGAACACAAACAAAAUUUAUAUUUAGUGUAUAAUAAUAGUGUAGUACAAAUUAGCCAUAUCUAGAAGUAUAAUUUGAGUGUGAUUUGUUUUGAAUUUCUCCUCAAUUAUAUAAUAGUCAAUACUUUAUAAAUAGUCGAUACCAUAUACAGAUAGGACUAAUGAGUUGGUCACUCAUUUUUGGUAGGUUCAGCAAGCGGGAAUAGUUAAUUAUUAUAUGUGCGGAAUCUACAUGUUAUGGUACUGUCAAAAUGCCAUAAGUAACAAGUCAAUAAUGAAGUAUGUAGGAGGAGUACGAAUUACCUCCAGGUUUAAGAUUCCAAAGGUUUGCUGAAUAUGCCUAGCCUAGGCCUGCGGUGAUAGACUUACCUACACUUGUAGAUAAAUUUUAUUGUGAUAAUACAGGUGCAGAAUUGCAUAGUAAUAAAUUCUGACCAACUCUACAAUAUCUUAAAAAUUUGAAGCAAUAUGCAUGUAUAAUACAAUUGAUAUGCUUUCUUUUGUAGUGUGAAUUUCAGCCAUUUUUAAUCUUCCAGUAAAAUAUACAAUACAUACUAGAUUUUCCUAGGCGGAUUGAAUAGGAUUGCAAGAAAUUGAACGAUUGGCCUUAAAGCUUUUUGAUCAUAUUGAAAAUAAGACUACCUAUAGUCAAGCUUUGCUCGAUAAUGCAAUGUUUUAUUAUCAUCAAGAUUCAGCAAAUAUAAAUGGUAUAGGUAGUGCCAAAAUCAUCUAUUCGUGCAGAUAAUUGUUGGAUUAUCUUAAUUGUAAGACGUAUAUGGCACAUCAUUUAAAUGUAUUAAUUAACUGCAUUAUGUCUCCUAACCUUCCACCUGUGUACCUAAGUACUGGAAAUGUGGUAGAGUUACAAUUGUCGCCAAAGAGGUGUUCGUAUUUGUAAUGAACAAUUGGAAAAGGAAGCAGGACAAUUUUGCCCAAAGAUAUACAAUAAAGCCAAUUUAUUCAACACCAAAAACUCUUCCAAUAACGAUUUACAUGCGACGGGUUAAUAUAGGUAAUAAGGAUAAUGAACAGACGAAAUGACUGCAUUGCAAUCCUACACAGAAUACACCUACUAUUUUGUUAAUGCACUAAAUGAGUAUGUUGUGUUAUAACUUCUUCUAAACUGUUUAUGAAUUUGUGUGUAUCACGUAAUUAGGUACCUAGUAUAAGUUUUGCAAAACUACUCUAUUUUUUGACUGAUUGGUGUGUAGUGAAACAUUUUACAAAUAGUUAAGAUUUCCAAUGAAUACUUGCAUUGCAGUUGUUACAUUUAGACGGUUCUAGUCUAGAAAUACGUAUUUACAUAAAAGCUUCAUUAAAUUAUUCAAUAAACGAGGUAU